UUCUGGUUAAUUACGCAAUGUCCUGUGGUGAUGGUGCAAAUUCAGUGGCCAUUAUAAGCAAGAGGUCAAGUCAAAAGACUAUAGGGAGUCUAUAUAAUACCAGUUGAAGGCCUUGUCGAUUUUUGUACUAUAAUUAAUGAGUGACAGGCAAAAAGUAAAAAAGAUUGAACAAAGUUGAUUUGUUUCCAGCUCAAGAAAACCUCUCUUUUACCUCCAAAUUAACUGCCGGUCCAACGUUUUUGGCUCUGAACUGAUUCCCAGCUAAAAGCCUAGGAAAUACACGUGACAUGUGCCACAUUGCCACAUUGCCACACCUCCCGAGUUCACUUCCUGUUAGUCAAGUUUAUGAGGCAGAGCUAGAGCUAGAGAUAGAGCAUAUGCAGAGCUUGUCUAAGGUAUCACAAAGAGGAGAAGUGCCUUCAAAAGUUCAGCUAAGGAUGUCAUCUAAUAGUCCAAGUCGAGUGGUGGCUUACCUCCCCAGUUUGUCGACCAUUCUCCAGCGACUACGGGCCACCUCGACCACCCCCUCAUCUCUAGGCUCCACCCUCUUCCCCUCACACACACCCUCACUACCACAACCAACCACCCACACCACUGCAGCUAGUUCAUCUGAUUCUCUUCACUUCCCAACACCGCUACUCCAUUUUCAGUUGCACCCACAGUACCCGCUUCCAGGGGGCGCAUCAAUCCCUUCUUUGACCACACCCACCAUACAACCGACGGAUGAAGCAACAAACGAAGAGCCAACGUUUCUAACUGUAAUUAGGGAAAAACCGCAGGGCACAGUAGAGAUGUUGAUACAAGAGUGUCCCCCAUCAUUGCUCAAAGGUUUUAUGAAGCUAUUUCCCAGCUUGGAAUCGAAAGGGUUAACAGUGAUAACUCUAUGUCAGAGAACAAAGAACGACAUGACAUCUUGGUCGGCAGAAGUGGAAAGCGAAAGAGAUUCACUACUGGAACAUUUUGUAGACAGUGCUAAGGAGAUCUGUGCCAGACUAACAGGGGCCAACCUCUGGGCUGACUUCAUCGAGCCUGCCUCUGGAAGAGCCUUCUACAGUGCGUACACACACGACACGUUGUUUGAAACUGACGAGAGACUUCGCUAUCUCGGCUUUGACAUUGACGAUCUGGGCUGUUGUAGGUGCGUCUACCAUCCGAUAUGGGGUGCUUUUGCCUUCGUGGGAAUCAUCUUCACUGAUGCCUCCGCCAGCUCACCAAUUCUAAGAAGUAUUAUGGAACUCUAGAAAUGCUAUAUAGACUUAUAGCUUCCCAUUUUAUGCUUUAAAGGUAUAGAUGUACACACAUGUACGUCGUAUAGAUAUAGUUAUGAUUUGUGCAUUUUGGCAUUGUGUGAUGAAUGUUUGGUUAUGAGGAGAUCUUCUCCUGUGCUCCUGGUAAUAUGAAAAUUAAUUGGUAAA